AUGGAAAUCAAAGAACUUAUUCAAGAAUUGAUGAAAAAAGAAACUCAAUGUAAUGUAUCAGAAGACAUUGAGAAACUGUUCAGUGAGAUAAAAAACAUGAAUCAGGAAAGUGGGAAUGAGAGUCAAAAGGCCCAGCUUGAAGAAAGUGUUGUCAACUUAUGGAACUGGACUGUGAUGAGGAAAAUGGGCCCCACUAUCAGUGAUCUCCAAAGAAUUAAGUUGCGCCAUGUUGCCUGCAAACUGAUGAUGCUUUGUGAAGUAAGCGAUCCACCUGAGGAGAUGUUGCGGAGGCAGAUUUUGAUGGCCAUGAAGACUGGAAAAGGGUGGGUGGAUGCAGGAAAGCUUACCCUUGCUAAUGCAUUUCUUGAGAUUGCCAUGAAUAAUCUGGAGAAGCUCUAUGCCCAGCUAACAAAAAAAAGCACCAGUGAAGCAGAUACUCAUACACACAAAGCUGAUGUCGAAAAGGAUGUAUUCAAAGUUCUCUCUUAUCAAGCUGAAUCUGCAGUGGCUGAAGGAGAUUUUCAGAAAGCAGUCGUGUGUGUACAGCGCUGCAAAGACAUCCUGCUGAGGCUGCCAAAAGAGAGCUGUUACCUUUCUCUCCUGUGCUAUAACUUUGGUGUGGAAACUUAUGAACUGAAGAGGUAUGAGCAGAGCUCCUUUUGGCUCAGCCAGAGCUAUGAAAUUGGGAAGAUGGAUAAGAAAUAUUCACCCGGACAAGAAAUGCAGGCCAAAGUACUGCGGUUACUAGCUACUGUCUAUUUCGAGUGGGACUAUAAAGAGUAUCAAGACAAAGCUCUCAGGGCUAUUACCAUGGCUAAUGAGGAGAAUUUGCAUCCGGCCGGGUUCUUGUUGAAAAUUAAAAUCCUGCUGAAGGGUUGUGCAUCAGAUGAAGAUGUUGGUUCAGCUGUUACUGAACUCCUGCACCAUAAGUUUUCUCUGGAUAUCUUCCUGGACACAGCAAAGCUUCUUCUGGAGCAUGAGAGGGAGGCUAUUGGUUUUGAGUUUCUGAAGUCAGUCAGUCAGCUGUUUGAAGGAUCCCCAGAUGUUGGCAAAGCCAUUCUCCUUCACAUUGAACUCCUGUUACAGAGAACGAAGGAACCACUUGCCAAGAAAAUGAUUGAAGACAUCAUUGCAGGUCACAAUACAGGAAAACAGCUGCCCCCUGGAAUAAUGGACCAUUUGCACCAUGUUCUGUGGGACAGAGCUGCCAGAAACUAUGAGGGGAAAAGGUACUCUGAAGCCCUUUCAUGGUACAAGUACUCCCUCAGUUUCUAUUCCUCUGGGCAGAUGCACCAGAACCUGGCAAAGCUGCAAAGGAAUAUGGCUGCUUGCUAUCUUCAUCUGGAGCAGCUUGAAAAGGCUCAUGAGUCAGUGAAAGAGGCAGAGAAGUGUGACCCAAACAGCAUCUUCACUCAGUUCUAUGUUUAUAAAAUAGCCGUCUUAGAAAAGAAAUCACAGAAAGCUUUUGAUGCCAUUGUGGCGAUGGGGAAGUCAUCAGCACAGUUGGAUACACUAUUAACAGAUGGCACCAUGGCUACCAACCUUCUAAGCUUAGCAGCCCAGAUUGCCUUGGAGAAUGACCAACAGUCUGUGGCAGUCAAAGCCUUGGAGUAUUUAUCUCAGCUCUUGCAAGACUCCCAGCAAGCACUUACUGCAUUAAAAUGUUUGAUUCGGCUUGUGUUGUCCAAAAUCACAGUGAAAUCUAAGGAGGAGAUAACAAACGAUAUGGAAACCCUUCUGGCGUAUUUGACUGCAGCUCUCCAGAGGCUUGACGCACCAAUCAGAGAAGAAAGCAAGACACUGGACACAAGAGUCAGUGAAGCUCACUGGUUCAGGAAGAUAGCUUGGAACUUGGCUGUCCAAUGUGAGAACUGCCCGAGAACUAUGAGAGAUUUCUUUGUAAUCUCAUGCAAGUUCUCCCAGUUUUGCCCACCUGAUAAAGCUGUCCUGCUUGCCCAGAGAACGUGCCUGCUCAUGGCUGCUGCUGUUAAUCUGGACAUGGGCCGAAGCAGUUCAUUGCCUACAGAUCAGCAGACUGAAUUGCUAACUCAGGCUCUUAAACAUAUCCAGUCAUGCAGGGAGAUCUGGAUGGUUCUGAAGCAAACAGGUGAUUUUACCAAAGACUCAACAGACACAGUGCUUCUGCUUUAUGAAUUUGAAGCUCGAGCCAAGCUGAAUGAUCUGUCAGUGGAAAGCUUGCUGGAUCAGGUUUGGGAGCUGCCAGAAGUGGAGAUCAAGAUACUAGAAACCAUUGCAUCGCUGGCCAUGGAGUCACCUGCUCACUACCCCUCCAUGUGCAAAAAGGCCCUCAAGAUGAUUUUGACACUUCUCAGGAAACAAGAGACCACUGAUGUAGUCACGUUCAGCAAAUGCCUGCAUAGCUUGGUCUGCCUUUCACUUCCAUCGGGGAUGACAGAAACAGAUGCAUGCGUGCUGGAGGAAGCAUGGGGCUACUUUGAAGAUGCUCUGCGGAUUCUGGGCAAUUCCGUAUUACAGGCCAGCUACCCACAGGUGGAGAUAGUCUGGCUCAUGACUAGAGCUUGGAACGCAGGAAUAUACCAGUACAGCACUGGCAGAUACCAGGAAGCGGAACAGUGGUGUGGCCUAGGAAUGCGCUUCCUGGGGCAUCUGGGGACCCUGAGGAGUAGCUAUGAGAGCCAGAUGACUGGCGUUUACAGUGAGGUACUGGACAAGCUAGACAGCACAAAGAGAUUACUUCCAAAGGAGGAGUGA